UAUGAGGAGCCGGAGCGCCGUCCGCCGUCCAUAAAGUCUGCAUUCAGCGGCGUCAACGCGACAAAACCCGGAUAAAUCCUCUCGGACCGGCCCGUUCUCCUCGCCGCCUCCUCCGUCUCCCUCCGCCGCCCGCCUCGCCUCCCGUCCCGCCGCCUUCUCGGUCCAGUCGCGCCGCCGGAGCCGGACGCAGCGCCGCACACUGACACUCCACAUCAUUCAUUCAUAACAAUGGCAGCGCAGGAUUUUAAUUUCUUGCUAGCGACGGACUCCUACAAGAUCACACACUACAAGCAGUAUCCUCCCAGUGUCAACAAAAUCUACUCCUACUUCGAAUGCCGACGCAAGAAGGGCUCCCAGUUCAGCGAGGUGGUGUUUUUCGGGCUCCAGUACCUGCUGAAGAAGUACCUCACCGGCCCAGUCGUCACAGAGGAGAAGAUUCAGGAGGCCAAGCUCUUCUACCAGAUGCACUUCAGACAGACCGUAUUCGACGAGGAAGGAUGGAGGAAAGUUCUAGAGAAAUAUGAUGGUCGUCUUCCAAUCCGGAUCAAAGCUGUUCCCGAGGGCCGGGUCAUCCCACGAGGGAACGUGCUCUUCACUGUGGAAAACACUGAUCCCGACUUCUUCUGGCUCACCAACUACAUCGAGACCAUGCUGGUCCAGAUGUGGUACCCCAUCACAGUGGCCACCAUAUCCAGGGAGUUCAAGAAGAUCCUGGCCAAGCACCUGAGGGCCACUUCAGGGAACCUGGAAGGUCUGGACUUCAAGCUGCAUGACUUCGGCUACAGAGGAGUUUCCUCACAGGAGUCAGCAGCUUUAGGCGGAGCUGCUCACCUGGUAAAUUUCUGCAGCACAGACACAGUGGCAGGGCUGCUGAUGGCCCAGCACUACUACAGCUGCCCUAUGGCCGGCUUCUCCAUCCCAGCUGCAGAGCACAGUACCAUCAUCUCCUGGGGGAGGAGCCGGGAGAAGGAGGCGUUUGAGCGAAUUCUGGACCAGUUCUCAUCGGGGCCGGUGUCGGUGGUCAGCGACAGCUACGACAUCUUCAAGGCCUGUAAGCAGAUCUGGGGAGACAAGCUGAAGGAGCGAGUGAUGGAGCGCAGCCAGGACUCGUGCCUGGUCAUCCGGCCCGACUCCGGAGACCCCGCCGAGACUCUGAUCGAGGUCAUCAAGAUUUUGGAGCAGUGUUUCGGCUGCUCGGUGAACUCCAUGGGAUACAAGGUGCUGCCCUCGUACCUGCGCAUCAUUCAAGGAGACGGCAUCGACCUCCGAUCGGUGGACGAGAUUCUGCAGAAGCUCACAGAUGAAGGCUGGAGUGCUGAGAACGUCUUCUUCGGCUGUGGCAGCGCUCUGCUCCAGAAACUCAACAGAGACACGCUCAACUGUGCCUUCAAGUGCAGCUACGUGGAGACCAACGGCAAGGGGAUGGAUGUGUACAAGCAGCCGGUGACCGACCCGUCCAAAGGGUCCAAGAGGGGUCGAUUGUCCCUGAGGAGGAACUCCGACGGCUUCCUGGAGACGGUAGAGAGAGGAGCAGGCAAGCCUGAGGAGGAUCUGCUGGUGACGGUGUUUGAGAACGGCGUCUUGCUGCAGGACUACACGCUGGAGGAGAUCCGCAAGAACGCCCGGCUGUGGGAGGAGGAGGUGAGCCCCGCCCAGCACAACCAGGACCAGGAGCCUCUCGACCAGCACAUCAUCAACGGGCUGCACUAAGCCGCCCACAAAGCCUUUUAACCAGCACAUAUCAUGAUUUAAGGUUUAGGGUGCACUGACUUGAUUUGGGAUGGAGAGACUGCGGGCCACAGUGUUUUUGAAAGACACCCCCCUGGUGUAAAGUGGACCUCUGGGGAGGGAGGGGAGGGAAAUGUUUCUCCCAGCAUGCACCUCCACACACACCGCUCACCCCCUCCUCAACAGGCUGAUAAUGAGACUCUGUGCUGGUAGAUUAGCUCCUCUGGAUUUUCUCCUGCCGGCGUCCCAGCGGCCUCGUGCUAAACUCCUCGCUCUGCGGCCGAGCGAGCACCGGGUCACAUUAGACAGCCAUGACCAGACCAGUCAAAGCUCAGGGUCCGAAACGAUAAGCUGAUUUAGGUUUUAAAUGUUUCAUUCAGGGUUUUCUUCCUCUUGAAGACCCGAUUAUGGUAUUUUAGGAUCGAAGCUGCUGAUAGCUGAUAUUUAGAAUCUGUAAAUUUAACCUUUUUAAGGCCAAAAAACAUCCCUCAAAUGUCUUUCCAAAAUCCUCUGCAGCAGGAGUUAAAUCACAUGACACUAAAAUCAUCCACUGAAACAAAGUAUAAUCACUAUUAUCAAUAUUAUGACUGAUCAUGUUGUUAAUGCUGGAUUAAACAAUAAAUAUGCAAUCACACAGCAAUCACAUCUGUUAUUCCACAAGCGGCAGACGGCAUUGAUUCUCUGGCCUCUGAUUUUUCAUAAAAGGCCAGUUAUCGGCUCCAAAUAUCUACUCACCAAUACAUCAGUGUAGCAUUGACUUCUGCUUUUGUUUUGAUGUCCUUUUAAUUUAAAUAAUGAUCUUUCCAUGGAACCACUGAUUGAAAAGCACGCGACAGAGUUCAUUCAGCAAACCCAGAGUGAAAAUACAACCUGGAACACGCAUGUAAGGCCUCAGGGUUACAAGCCAUUUCCACAAAGGACUAAAACGUAACAGCGACUGACGUCCGUUCACAGUCCAUCAUUUCCUGAAGGUGAAUCAGCAGCAAGAGCCUUGGCCAAAUCACUCGGAUUUCAGAUUCACCCACUCGCUUAAUAUUAUUGUCGUUUAUGUAAAACAACACCUAGAUAUCAGUUAGUCAACGCCUCAGAAACAAGCUUUAGUGACUGAUCCCUUUAAACUUGACUUGCGAGCCCCUAGAGGGCGCUGCAACACCACUGUUUCAUGUUAAUGAUAAAUCUGAUGACAUUCACCAACCGGCCACAUUCACUUUAAUCUCCAGGUCUCACUUUACAGGAGUGUAGAUUGAUAGGUUUCCUUUUUUUUUUUUCUUUUUGUAAUCUUUUUUUUUAUUAUGAAGAAAUAUUAGUUUUUAAAAAUGGCCUCUUCUGACAUAUUAACUUUGUGUUGUGCAGGUGUCUCUACCAUCUAACUGUUUUGUUUUUAACAGAACAGAAUAUGCAAGUAUUCAGGAUUACCGUGACAUUACAGAAGCAUUUUAAUCUGUAAACUUUUGACUUGAAGGAUUACAUUUAUGCAACAAAACCUGGUAUCCUCAAAGACUGAACGCUGCGUUGAACAUGGAGUGUGGCCUCCUGCGGACGCUGAGUCAGGAGAGGUGCUUUACAGCCCGCCGUCCCGUCCCAGGAUACUCGCUAACCGCUGAUGUUAAUACGUGCAGUUAUCGUUUGGGUUGUAUUUCUCUCAAGUCUAGAUUUGUUUCCAGUAAAACAGAUGUGCUGCUAUAAAAAUCCAGACAGGGUGGCGUGCUGCACGAGACAUACACUUUAUCCAGCCUCCUGUCGCUCAGCUUCAUCUGCUGUUUCAUCUGUAAUUUGAAAGAGAAACGUUAAAGCAAUGCAACACUAAAUUCAUUUAGAGUGUGAACUGCAUGAACAGAACGCUCCUGUAUUUGAACACAUGGAGAGGAGAAUGAUGCUGCGACAUGAGGUUUUGUGAUUCACCUCCAGAAAUCCUCCAGUACAUUUUCCUUUUCCCAGUGUUUGAAAGGAGCAGCCAGUUAACGUGCUUGAGAGCUGAUCAGCGGCGCUGCUGGUGCCGACAUGAAGCAUCUGAUGAUGAUUUUCCAGUUUCAACAAUCUGGGGCAUUUUCUCUUCUUUAUUUUUAAACGUAACUAAAAAAAAAAAAUGUUGAUAACUCAGAUUGCCUUUAAAGCAAAAUUACUUGGCUGUAAGUGUGUAACUUUAUUUUUUAUAGUUUUAUUUGCCUUUUAACAAGAUUUCACUUUGCUGUCCGAUAAAUUGGGCGUGCCGUGCUGAUUUGAACUGACUGUGAGUGGAAAACUUUGAAAGCGGGCAAAUUAUCAAAUUAUCUCUUGAAUUGAAGUUCUGCCGUGUUUUAUGUUUAGUUUUUAGCAUAAUUCAUAUUUCCGGCUGGCCAGCAGCUGGAGCAAAAUGUGUAGGUCAUAGUCAGGCGGGGCGUGCUGAUGUGAAAAAUCCACCCUGAACCUCCUCGGUGCUGCUGGAUCCUCUGAUGUUCACUUUCCCUCAACCUGCCGCCUCUACUGCACUCUGUGGUUUCCUACAUUUCCCAGAAUGCCUUGCUUUCAAUUAAAGGUGUGAAUAUGAAUCUCGAUGGGACGUGGACAGAUUACACCCGGCUCCUCUACACACACACACACAUCUUGAUUUUUGAUGUUUAACUGCUGUCUGAUUGUUGCGCUCGUUAGUUUAGUGAGAUUUAUUUUUUAUCUCAUCUAUUAAUAUUUUGAUAUUCAUAACCACAGCAACCACCUACCAACAGCCUGAAAACCAGCCACAGCACCCCAGCAACUGCCUAGCAACCGUCCAAAACACCCUAGCAGCUGCCUAGCAACACCCUAGCAACCACCCAGAACACCCUAGCAACCGCCUAGCAACCAUCCAGAACACCCUAGCAACCACCUCACAACUAUCCAGAGCACCCCACUGCUGCCUGGCAACACCCUAGCAACCACCCAGAACACCCUAGCAACCUCCUAGCAACCAUCCAGAACACCCUAGCAACCACCUCACAACUAUCCAGAGCACCCCACAG